AUGUCUUCUCACAAGACUUUUAGGACCAAGCGGUUCCUGGCCAAGAAACAAAAGCAAAAUUUGCCCAUUCCUCAAUGGAUUCGGAUGAAAAUUGGUAAUAAGAUCAGAUACAACUGCAAGAGGCAGCAUUGGAAAAGAGUGAAGCUGGGUCUGUAA